UAUGAAAGAAUAAAGAAGAGCAAAGAAUCAAUAAUGUGAUCGCAUAUAAAGAGGAUUAGACUUUAUUGUUAGUGAGUAAAAAGUUUAUAUUAAUAAAGAAAGGAAAAAAAUGAAAAGUUUACAUCAUGGUUGACAUCUCGUAUUGUAUAAAACUAGAAUAGAGUUGAAAAACUGAAUUAAAUAAAAUGUUAAAGUAGUUCUUCAUUUUAUGAGACUAUGAAUGAUUAAAAUAGAGUUAAUAAAUUAAACUAAUUUUUUGUUAGUUGGAUAAGUAGAGAUUAGAAAUUACUUUAAUUAUAAGAUACUCAAGCUUUCAUUUAAGAGAUGUAAAUUGAAAAUGAAUAUUAAGAUGCAUUAUUAAUUUUAUCUGGUAAUUAUAUAUUUCAAUAAAUUAUAGAAUAAAUUCGAUCAUGCAAAUUAUCACCUUUCAAAUAAUAGACUAUUGAUAGAAGUGAAAGUUCAAGAAGAGACUUUGAAUAAAAUAUAUUUGAUUUAGAAAAGUUAUUAAAUCAAAAUAAUGAUUAAAUGGAACUAAAUGAAGUGAGGGUUUAAGAUAAAAUUACUAAAUUUAUAUAAUAAUUAGAUAAAGAAACAGAAUAAUUAUAAAUUCAUUAUGAAUCUAUUAUGAAGAUAAUUAAUAAAAGUCCUGUUGAAACUACAUCAAAAUAAAGAUUAGAUUAAUGUAAGAAAGAUGUAUUGAGUAUUGAUAAAUUAAUUGAUGCUACAUAAGAAGCAAUAAAACGUAUAUAAACUUGUGCUCCAAGUGAUGGUAUAUAAUAAUAUUAUUAUAUUUUUAGGAUUGGCAUUUAAGUAGAAGAGAAUCUUAAGUUAGAUUGCAAAAGAAUAUUCAUAAGGUGUUGCUAAAUUUGAAUAAAAAUGA